AUGGAGUCAUACUAUAAAGAAGUGUAUGAUUACGCGCCGAGCACAGUAACAACAGUGCUAACAGUACCACCAGAAACGGUCCGAAUAAGUACUACCGCAAAUGAUGCAACAGACACAACCACAAGUGACAUAACAGACACAUCCACAACGAACCUAACGGACAAAUCCGCAACGAACCUAACAGAUGCAUCCGCCACGAACCUAACAGACACCCAGACAUCACCAUCGCCAUCCAAAGUUCCGGAAGAUUCCAGUGCCUCCCCCUCAUAUAAGCUCUCUGAAUCAUCUACCUUUACCCCCCCCUCCAAUAUCCCCAUAUAUGAUGAUGGAUCGCGCAAUUCACAAAUGUUUACUCCUCCAGGAGCCUCAAGCCCCCCUAAUUCCACAGGUCCAGCGUUCACCGCACUAAAUGAUUCCCCUACGCACUCGCGCACUUGGACCCCCGAUUACGAAUCUACAGAUAUUUAUAAUGAUCGAAUGGACUAUGGUUAUCCAUCCCGAUUUCCCCCUUCCCAUGGUUCUUCUUCUCCCUUUUCCCCUCAUUCCCCUUAUGGAAAUAUGCCCAGCCAAAUACCCAACCGAAUGCACAACCAGAUGCACAACCAAAUGCCCAACCAAAUGCAUAACCAGAUGCAUAACCAGAUGCACAACCAAAUGCCCAACCAUAUGCACAAUCAAAUGCAUAACCAAAUGCACAACCAAAUGCACAACCCAAUGCACAAUCAAAUGCAUAACCAGAUGCACAACCCACAAACGCAACAACUAAUGAGGAGGGGCAGAGGACCACACCCAAUGCCACCAGUCAACAAUAACAAUAGGAGUGCCAGCUCGUUCUUCUCCUCCGUCAUAUCUUCAAUCCUAUAUUUAUUCUCUUCAACCUCUGUCCUAUUUAGCAACAUUGCACACCCACCACCCAACUCAAACAAUCUACAGUUUAACGCUCCACAGGCCAUCGAGUACCACCCAAGGUUACUAGAAAAGUCAGAAGAGUGGAAAGACAACGAAUGGAAAAACUGGAUGAACCAAUUGGAAGGAGAGUGGGUAGAUUUUAACAACACAAUUGAAAGGGAAAAAGGAAAAUGGAUAAGUGGAAAGGAAAAAGACUGGGACGAAUUUAUACAAUUUAUGGACAGCAAAUGGAUGCACUACCAUGAGGAUUUAGAAGAACAUGUCAAGUCAGAUAUAUUGAAGAGAUCCCUAACCCUAGACGAAAGAGAAUGGAAAGAAUGGAUACAAACAGAGGGCAAAGAAUUAAUGGAGAAAGAUUGGAAAAACUGGAUUACCAAUAAUGAAUCUUAUUUAGAUGUAUGGAGUGUUAAAGAAUGGCUCAAAUGGAAGAAUCAAAAAAUUGUUACAUGGAUUAUGACUGAUUGGAAAUGUGAUGAAGAUGAAUACUGGUCCAAGUGGGAAGAGUCCUGGGCUAAAUGUCCAAACAUGCAUGACAGAACCAACUGGCUCAAUUGGAGAGAAAGACUGAAUAAGGAAAUGGUCCAGUGGAACAGUUGGGUUAUGAUGAAAGAACAGCACAUCAGAGAAAAUCGGUCUAACAACUGGGCCAAGUGGAAGAGUGACAAACACGUCCUGUUCAAUUUGUGGAUGGAUUCCUUCAUCAAAAGAUGGAUUAAUGAAAAGCAGUGGUUCGUGUGGGUCAAGGAGAGAAACCAUAUAAGAUCAAGGGGAAGAUAUAAUGGCUACAAAUAA